AUGGCAGAGCCUCGCGCCGUGACGGACUGUCUACGCAUGUCCUCGCAGCGGAUGCGGCGCCAGUCAAUAAUGGCAGGGUUUCUGCACACGCGACGCCCAGCUGGCCUGUUUGCAUUCAAGUCGCACGGCCGGGCAGACCGCGUCGGAACCAGGUCGUCACACCUCGUUCCACAGCUCGGCGAAACUGUAUUUCCGCAUCGGCUUUUCGUGACUCAAAUUUUAGCGAAACUUUCCAAGUUUGUGGAGAAAUUUUGCGGUCGACAUGUCGUGAAUUCCCUGGACCGCGUUGCAGGGCAGUCCAGGCCCGAGUUCCUCCUCCCAGUCGCAUCAAACCGCACCCAAGGACUGCAUGGCAUGGAGAAGUACGACAGGCUCAGCAAAAUCGGGGAAGGAAGUUACGGCAUGGUCUACAAAUGUAGGAAUCGGGAAGAUGGCUCACUUGUGGCCAUCAAGAAGUUCAUAGAAGUCGACGAAGAUCCGCUGAUCAAGAAAAUAGCAAUGCGAGAAAUCCGAAUGUUACGCCAAUUGAAAUCGCCUCACCUCGUGAACCUCCUCGAGGUUUUCCGACGCAAGAAACGUCUUCACUUGGUCUUCGAGUACUGUGAUCACACUGUGCUACAGGAGAUGGAGAAGUAUCCAAAGGGAAUGUCACUGGAUCUGACAAAAAAUAUGGUCUGGCAAACGCUUCAGGCAAUUGACUAUUGCCAUGCACAAAACGUCAUCCACAGAGACGUCAAACCAGAAAACCUUCUGCUUACGAAGGACGGAGUCGUCAAACUUUGUGAUUUCGGCUUUGCGCGUACCUUGAAUCCUGGGGACAACUACACGGACUAUGUUGCGACUAGGUGGUAUCGUGCCCCGGAACUCCUCGUCGGUGAUACUCACUAUGGCGCCGGCGUGGACGUCUGGGCGGUGGGCUGUGUGAUGGCGGAAAUGGUGCAAGGAGAAGCCCUGUGGCCCGGGAGAUCCGACGUGGACCAGUUGUACUUGAUCAAGGAGACUUUAGGAGAACUGAUCCCGAGACACCUGCAGAUCUUGAAAACCAACAGCUUCUUCGUCGGGGUCACGAUUCCUGAGCCGCAGAGGAUCAUUCCUCUGGAGCGCAAAGUGACGCGCGACAUGGGACCCCGCGGCAUGGACUUUCUCAAGAAGAGUCUCGAGAAGGACCCCAUGCUGCGCCCGACAGCUUCUCAGCUUCUCCAUCACUCGUUCUGGGACGGGUUCACUUUCAAAUUGCCGGAUCGGAUGAUGAACAACGCAUUUUUCCCGCAACUCGGCAGCAACGGAGAGGCGCCCAAACACGGGAACCCGGCUUCCUACGGAGGCGCAUCCCGGGCCCGGAACAACUACGAAGGCGGACAUCUGCCGACCAUAUGACACGCCGGCCAAGGAAUCCAUCCCCGUCCCCAGUACUUGCCGCCGCUGCAGAAGCCGAGCAACUACAAGGGGUGAAAUUGCGCAGCGGCGUUUGGAAAUGCUCUCCCUCGGGCUCUGACGCUCUUUUUUUUCCCACCUAUAUCUCCUUUUUUCUUGUUGAAUCCUGGCUUUUAAACUGUAUUUUGCUCGAUUACUGGACGUAGUACUUGUGUUCCGUGGCUUCCGCGGAAUGUACUCUCGUACCCACACACGCGGUUUUGCUGUUCCUCCCCCCUCGCUAUCACCGCGGAUUUUGCCAGCAGCUCAUUGCGAAAACGAGGCGAUCAGCACAUCCGCAUUUCUAGGAGUCCCGCCAAGCAUUUGCAGUUGAUUAUCGCAACAUCUAAUUGUCUGUUUCCCGACGGGGAAUCGCCUUACUUCAUGGAUUCGCACAGCAACUGUCUUCAGUUGGAGAACAAAGACAAGAAAAAAAGAUGACCACACGCACGAUGGGCUUCUCAAAAGUCCUGCAAUUCACCUUUGUGUAGAAGGAUGAAACCGGAUUUUCGAUUGAUAUAUAUUUCUUGACACUUCGGAAAAACUUAUUCCAUGAAGAACGACAGUAGGGAUGAUACAGGUCGAAAUCACAGACUUCAAAUGUCCAUCUGUGAAAAUAACUCGCAGAUGGCACGUUUAUUUUUUAUUUUUUGUUCAUUCAUCGGGACAGGCACUGACGAUAAUUUCCACAAAAAAAUUGAAAGCAUAAUUGGCAUUUUUAAGAUGCAAGGUACAUGAGUAGUUUUUUUUAAUUAAAUUGUGGGGGAUUUUGUGAUUGGAGAAACCUCCAAGUCCAGCGGGACUUUUUUUGUUCUGUUUUUGUUUUCGUUUUCUUAAUUGACGAGCCGAUGCGUAGGUAAAAUAAAUCCUACUCGAGGAAAAACUGUUUGGGGAAGUAAUUUUUCUCAUGUUGACUUUUUUUUAUAAAGCAAGAAUCACUUGCUGUAAAUGGAUUGCCGUGUUUCAACCGUCUGCAUUGGCGAUUCGUCAGUGAUCCCUGAGACUUUUGAGAAGCCAAUCGUAUAUAUCCUUGUGCAAGACCAAAUAGGCAAGUCUCAGGACUUCUGUGUUCUAUGUACCUGUUCAUUGCUGUUUCAAUUUUUUGCUAUGAAUAGGGCAUUUUCCAGCUUUUACCUCCGAAGUGUCACAAAUGCAGAGACGAAUUAUUUUCGUUAGCCAUUUUAUCAUCGGACAUGAAGGGUACAAUGACCCUCCAGGAGAGGUUAGCGGAGCUCGAGAGCCCUUAAAGUUUACAAAGCUCUAUUUUGAACGUAUUGCAGCUAUGCGUAUGUGGAAAUUUAUUCUGACAUGAAAUAAUUUACGAGUAAUCCUGCAGAAAUUCUAAGAUAACCAGCUGUUGUGGACGGAUGAGUUGCGUGCUAUAUUUUUAUAUCAGCAGUUUCGGAUGAAGCUUUGUUGGAAAUAAGUGAACCCACAUGCGUAAUAGGUAGCGUAAAUCAAUUAGAAGGUAUUUCUUCAUCCAGUUUCAUCAGUCUAGAUAGUAGUCAAUUAAGAAAAUAUGAUUUAUCCAACCACCUUUAAGCUGCUACAUUCGUCAUUUUUUUCCCAAUGAUUUCUGGAGCAAUUGCCCGAAACUGCGUAGGAAAGCUGCAAGCGCGCGAAAUUCACCCAACAUCUGGGAGGAAGAUGGAUUCUGGUGGUCAAAGAAAAAUUUUGGUCAGAGAAAAUUGAUGUUGCCUCACCCCACAUGUGAGAAAAUGAGCGGUCACCGAAAAAAUUAUUUUGGUGGCAAAGUGCAUGUUUUUUUCCAUUUUAUUUUGUGAGAAUCGAGGUUGAGCGUGCAAGGCACCAGUCAUCAGGUGGCUCACUUGACAGAAGAAGCCGGAUGGGAUUCUUUCCGCAAAAAGUGAAUGAAACGAAGUUUUUCCAAGAUGAUGUUUUUAUUGCUUGUUCGCAACAUGGAAUUAAUUUUACAUGAGAACCGAGGUGAACCGAGAACCGUAGGUACAAUUUACAGUACUCGAC